GUGUAAAACAGGAUGAGAAAAAUUGGUAUAAAAUGCGAGGGAAAAGACAAUUGAAAUCAGUCGAGUGAGCAUCUCCGACACGACAACUGCAGUGCACUACUUGUCUCCUAUUGUAUCUCCAUCGUAAUACCAGUUCGCAAUCAUGGUUAAUUAUGGCGUCGUGCUGCUGUUGGGUGUUGUAUCGUUGAUGGCUGGGUCGACCACGGGUGUACCGAUGUCUCCUGGGUACGGUGGAUAUUCUUACCAAACCACAACGGCUAAGGAAUACUACCCCACGCCGCCGCCCUACUACACAACAACAUACGCUACACCGACCUACUACACCGAGGCCCCCAAGUACUACACCACCAAGGCACCCGAGUAUUACACCACAACGUACGCUGCCCCUAGCUACUACACCGAAGCGCCAAAGUAUUACUCUGCCCCGAGCUACACUACGAAAGCGCCCGAGUACUACACUACUACAUACGCUGCCCCAUCUUACUACACCGAGGCUACCACUACGUACUAA